GGAGGCGUCGCCAGUCACACUAACUUUCUUUAAAGCGAUACAUACGUGUUAUUCCACGGGGACGCGUAUCAGGUACCAACGAUGAGACGACAGUCGGUGUUGCUGCUCUGCGCAGUGGCGUUUGCUGCGUGUGCGAAUGCAAGUCCGUACUCGAAAAUACCGGAUAGUUAUCAAGGGCAGGGAUACGCUGAUGCCAAAGCCUCGGCUUACUCGAGUGCAAGUAGUCAAGGGGGUUACAGCUCUUCUGCAUCGUCAUCGGCAUCGAGUUCCGCGUCAAGUGGAGCUUAUUCUUCCAGCAAUGCUAAUGCGAAUGCGAAUGCUGUCGGGGAUGCUGAGGAUGGCUACCUCCUGAAGAAUCCUGGCACUGGAUUUUUGGCCCUGGAGAACAAUGCCGAAGUACCCCAGCAGGAACUUCAGACUCCUCACGGUUUUGUGCCGGCAGGUCAGUCAGGGAGUCAGUCCGGAGCAGGUCAGACGCAACAGGGCGGCGACUACUGGUGGAUGGGAGCCGGAAGCCCGUUCGGACCCAAUGGGAAACCGUCGAUAGGCUGCGGAUCCAGUGGAUGCUCAUCCAGUGGGACCUUCAAUCUUAACCAGGGCAGUGGUGCAGCUCACGCUGCAAACGAUCAAGGACAAGUUCAAGUUCAGGUGCAUCAGAAUCCGUUCCUGGGGGGCAAUUCUGGAUCCUUCAGCGCUGGAAGCAGUUACCACGGAGGGCCUCAGCACUCAGGAUCCUCGGGAUCUUCAGGAUCUGGAUCAGGGUCGGGCUCUGGAUCCGGUCACAAUCUAGAUUUCUCUAAGAAUCCGUUUUUCAACGGAGGAGCGUCUUCUGGUUCUGGGGCGGGGGCUGGAGCCUCUGCAGGUUCCUCUGCGUCAGCAUCCGCUCAUGCCAAUGCAGCUGCCAAUGCAGCUGCUAAUGCCAAGGCCAACGCCAAUGCUAACGCACAUGCCAAUGCCAACGCCAACGCGAACGCCAACGCCAAUGCUGGGGCUUACAACAGAAAUCCAUUCGGAAACUCCGGACAUGGGCAGAGACCCCAAGUCCCCCAUGUCCCACAUACCAUCGGACAAACUCAAUACCCGGAUGACUCUCAAUACCAAGAGCAGAACUUCGAUGGCUAUCCCAAUCAAACUCCCACCCCCAAAUUCCCGGCGUCUGGGGGCCUCACCGUCAGCUGCAAUGGCAAAGGAAAAAUCUGUGUUGCCAAGCAUCUCUGCAGUAACGGAUAUGUCAGCGGCAGCGUGCAAGGACUCACCCAAGUUCGAUCUGACGCCCAGAACUGCGAUGUGAAUCGCGAGGUCUGCUGUAACAUGCCCAGCCAGAAGAGUCCUGAUCAGUCUUUAGCUGGCACUGGUUACACAAGCGGAAUCUCCAGCUACCCACAUAAUGGAGGAAUCUUCGAUAAUGACGAACAACAGGAUACUGACUUGAGCGCUGGUGACCAGGUUCACCAGCAGCCGGAGGAGAACAAUGGAUAUCUUCCACCCAUUGGCAGUGAGGGCACUGUAAACGAUCCAUCCUUCCUCAGGCCUCCACAGCAACCCAAGGAGGUAGUGCCAGCUCCCUCUGAACCUGCACCCACGCAUGUUCAGCUUGGAUGCGCUGCUGCACUCGUUUGUGUUGACGAACAGAUGUGUGGCAUGGAUGGAACCAUGAGCCCAACCCCUGUUACUCUAACGAGUGAACAGAUUUUGAGACGUGUACCACUCAGUGACUGCAAGAACCCAGACAACGGAGUGAUCGGAAAGUGCUGUCGUGACCCGAACUACGUUGACCCCUGGCCAGCAGGCAACCUCCCAGCCAACUACUCAGGUGGUUUCGACGAGCAAGGAUUCCCGACCUUCCUCAACAUCCAGAGAAAUCAGCGUCCAACGAAAAAACCCUCCACUCCACCCCCAGUCAAAAGCCGUCCCCCACUAAAAGGUUCCCCAAGUGAACAACCUUCCCAGCAACAACCAUUCCCAAGCUUCUCUGAUAUUCAGAAUCAAAUAGGUGGUGCCUUCAACAACUACUUCAAGCCAACCCAACCCCCCCCAGCACCAACCGCCUUACCAGCCUUCCCCACCCUCCCAAAUGCUGAUACACCUGUCGAUGGAGCCCCAGAGAAACCAAAUAGGCCAGGCUUCCCGAGUUUCCCGAAUUUCCCCAAUUUUCCCAACCCCUUCGGACAAAAAAAUUACGAAACGUCACCGAGUGACGAACACCGCGUUGCCAUUGCGCCCUACCCUGGAAGACAGUGCGGUGUUAAGAACGCAGUUCAACGGCCAAGUGGUUUAAACGACGUUGAAGUUGGCUUUGGUGAAAUUCCAUGGCAAGCGAUGGUACUCGAUAAUGAUCGAAAGAAACUACUUUGUUCUGGUGCAUUUGUUGCGCCCAACGCAGUUUUAACCGCAGCACGAUGUGUUGAUGGAUUCGAGCCCGGACAGAUCUCAGUCAAAGCCGGAGAAUGGAAACUCGGUUAUGAACUGAAGCACGAGGAACCUCUGCCUUUCGAAAUCGUUCAGGUUGACUCGAUUGUACCGCACCCUGGCUACUUGCCUGGCUAUGCUGCGCACGAUGUCGCCAUGCUCAUGCUGGAGAAACCAGUGACUGUGGAUCAACACGUGGACACAAUCUGCCUUGGCAGGCCAGAAGCACCGAAACCAGGAAGCCAGUGCAUCUCCACUGGGUGGGGAAAGUCUAUCCUUGAGACCCACGCUGCAGGAGCUCUGAUGCGCGCCAUCAACGUCGACGUGAUGAGCCUCCAGGACUGCGAACAACGUCUCCAAGAAGCUGAAGCCCCAGUCGAUCUCGACGAGUCUCUGGUGUGUGCGAAGGCCCACAAGAAGAACAACAACAUGUGCCAGGUGGAUUUCGGUGGUCCACUUGCCUGCGACAGAGGCGACGGACGCUACGAGAUCAUGGGAGUCUACACUCAGGACACUGGCUGCCUCCCCACCAACCAAGUAGCUACCUUCGCCCUCAUUGAUGACGCCUGGGUGCAGCACACCCUGGCUAAUCCACCAGUUGGUGCACCAGCUGAGUCCCAACGUCGUGUCGAGAAACCUCACACGCACCAGAGAGAAGAGCCAUGCGACUGCCAGAAGAGCAAUCUCUCUCCCGAGAACAAUCAAUAUCUACCUCCCGUCUAAUCGGGCUGACUGAAUCCAUUAAUUCCUAUUCAACUCGAAUAUAAAUAAUAAUGAUUUUGAUGAGCUCCUAACUCUUGCGUUUCUAUUUAUCCCUCGAUUCAAGUAAUUAAAGUAGCUCUACGCUCACGGUAAAUUCAAAGAUUAUUGAAAACUGAAAAAAAAUUGCAGAAAACUCGAUUAA